AUGGCCAAGUCCGGCCUUCUCCGCACUUCCUUUCUCCGCACCGAGGCAGUGUCGAGCGUGUCGGCAGUUCGGUGUCUGUCGAGCCUCAGUAUACAGCAACCAACACUACGACACCGAACCUUCCAGCACGCCAGGCGGAAACCAGCUGCGCAGUUUUCACGCUCUGUCGCAAACCACACAUUCCAGCACCAUGCAAACGCCAUCUCGGUGCUCCAGUCGUCCGUCGACACCGAGUCGGCAGACUUUAAAGAAAAUGCACGCCAGAUGAGCGAGUUGGUCGAGAAUAUGACAGACCUGCACACAAAGAUUGCACAGGGUGGGUCGCAAAAGGCGCGAGACAAGCACAUCGCCAGAGGCAAGAUGCUGCCUCGGGAUCGAGUGACGUCUCUAAUUGACCCGGGCACGUCGUUUUUGGAGCUGUCGUCCCUGGCAGGACACGAGGUUUACCCAGGAGAGGACGUCCCCGGUGGAGGAAUUAUUACGGGCAUUGGAACAGUCGAAGGCGUGACGUGCAUGAUCGUUGCCAACGACAGCACAGUCAAGGGAGGAACAUACUAUCCGAUCACGGUCAAGAAGCACCUACGCGCGCAAGCAAUUGCGCAGGAAAACAAGCUUCCAUGCAUCUACCUGGUUGACUCGGGCGGAGCCAACCUGCCACACCAAGCAGAUGUCUUCCCAGAUAGAGACCAUUUCGGCCGCAUCUUCUUCAACCAGGCGCGCAUGAGCUCCCUGGGAAUCCCGCAGAUUUCGGUUGUCAUGGGCCCCUGCACUGCAGGAGGCGCGUACGUGCCAGCCAUGAGCGACGAGACUAUUAUUGUUGAGAACCAAGGCACCAUCUUCCUCGCGGGGCCUCCCUUGGUCAAGGCGGCCACGGGUGAAGUCGUCUCGGCCGAAGACCUGGGAGGAGGCCAUUUACACAGCACCAUCUCCGGUGUGACGGAUUACCUGGCUGUCGACGACUCACACGCGCUCGUUCUCGCUCGUCGCUCAAUCAGCAAUCUCAACUACCCAACAACGACCGCUCCCGUGAGCGGCCUAUCGCCGGACACUGACUUUAAAGAACCCCUCUACGACCCGGAAGAGCUCGGUGGUAUCGUGGGCACGAACCUGCGCCGGCAGAUCCCCGUGCACGAGGUGAUUGCACGCAUUGUCGACGGCAGCGAAUUCUCCGAAUUCAAGCGCGACUAUGGCAGCACGCUCGUCACAGGCUUUGGACGCAUCUACGGCACGCAAGUCGGCAUUGUCGCCAACAACGGCAUUCUCUUCUCGGAGUCGUCUCUCAAGGGGGCGCACUUUAUCGAACUAUGUGCUCAGCGCAAGAUCCCGCUUGUCUUUCUGCAGAAUAUCUCUGGAUUCAUGGUCGGCGCCGACGCCGAAAAGGGCGGCAUUGCAAAGAACGGAGCAAAGCUUGUGACGGCGGUGGCAUGUGCCGAUGUGCCCAAGUUCACCGUUGUUUUUGGCUCGAGCGCAGGCGCUGGAAACUAUGGCAUGUGUGGCCGCGCCUACUCCCCCCGGCUGCUGUUCAUGUGGCCCAACGCCAAAAUCGGCGUAAUGGGCUCCGAGCAACUCUCCGCAGUCAUGGAAACCGUCGGCCGCAGCGCGGAUCCGGAACUCAAAGCACGCAUUGACCGUGAAUCCCAAGCGACCUUUUCGUCGGCGCGCCUGUGGGACGACGGCGUAAUUCCGCCGGCGCAUACGAGACGGGUUCUGGGGCUGGGGCUGGCGGCCGCGGUGGGUGGACGUGUUGAUGAGAAGGAGACCAAGUUUGGCGUGUUUAGGAUGUAG